GGACAGUAAAACCUGAAGUGAAACGUGGUGCCCGGGCUAUCCUCGCCCCUAGCUGAGGGACAGCGGGGCGCACAGCAGAGGUGGCCAGGGUUAGCCUCGCUGCGACCCGGGGGGGACGUGGGACCCGGGUCUGGGGAGCAGUAAACGCCAACCGCGCCCUGAUGCAGCGGCUGCAUCCCUCCCUCGGCUUCCCCGGCACCGUGGCUCAGUUGGCCUCUGCAUAGAGACGUCCCGGUGUGGGAGCUGCGAGUCGUCCCUCGUCUUUCCGACCCCUCGUGGGUCACUGCGACAUCCCGGUGCACCCCGUCCCCUAAGUGCGCUCCCCCGCCGCUCCGCACAUCCCCUCCCUGCGGUCUCCCUAGACGGCUGCGGGAGAGCAGCCCGGAGGGACUCGGCUGGAGUCGCUAGAGGGAGGUGUAGGGCCGGCGAGGAGGGGGCUUCGCAGGGCGGGGAGAGGCGGGAGGAGGCGCCGGGGAGGAGCUGCGGCCGCCAGCUUCGCCCGCCCGAGCCGAGCGCACUCUGUCGCCGCGCGGGUUCCCAGCCUCUCGGCCCCGUGGGGAGCGCGGGCCAUCAGCGCCGCCUCCGACCGCAGGAGCAGCCGGCCGGCUCUUCACUCUCGGUCGCCGCUCGUCCGUCAGCCGGGCGCUGCGCCGAGCUGCUGUUGCGAGCCUCGGUGUCAGCGGCCACCCCUCCUGCGGGUCCCCCCUCGACCCCUUUCUGGAGCACUCUGCCCCGCGGCGCGGCGGCAGGAGGAGGAGGGAUCGCGGGCGGCGCGGGUUGGUCUGGCCACCUCGCCCCGCGCCCCGCCCCUGCGCGCACUCCCUCGCGGGCGAGCUACUUUCGGACAAGGAAAGUGAGGGCGGCCCGGGUGACAGCGCGGCGGCGCCAGUCCCGGGAAGCCGCGUCUGUUCGCGUGUCGCCAGUCGCGCUGCCAGCGGCGCACUGCCCAGACCCCGCCAUGGCUUCGACCACCACCUGCACCCGGUUCACCGACGAGUAUCAGCUCUUCGAGGAGCUCGGAAAGGGGGCAUUCUCAGUGGUGAGAAGAUGUAUGAAGAUCCCUACUGGACAGGAGUAUGCUGCCAAAAUUAUCAACACCAAAAAGCUUUCUGCUAGGGAUCACCAGAAACUGGAAAGGGAAGCUAGAAUCUGCCGUCUUUUGAAGCACCCCAAUAUUGUGAGACUUCAUGACAGUAUAUCGGAAGAGGGCUUCCAUUACUUGGUGUUUGACUUAGUGACUGGAGGUGAACUCUUUGAAGACAUAGUGGCACGAGAGUACUACAGCGAAGCUGAUGCCAGUCAUUGUAUACAACAGAUUCUAGAGAGUGUAAAUCAUUGUCACCUAAAUGGCAUAGUUCACAGGGACCUGAAGCCUGAGAAUUUGCUUUUAGCUAGCAAAUCCAAAGGAGCAGCUGUGAAACUGGCAGACUUCGGCUUAGCCAUAGAAGUUCAAGGCGACCAGCAGGCGUGGUUUGGUUUUGCUGGCACACCUGGCUAUCUUUCUCCAGAAGUCCUGCGUAAAGAUCCUUAUGGAAAACCAGUGGAUAUGUGGGCAUGUGGUGUCAUCCUCUACAUCUUGCUGGUGGGGUACCCACCCUUCUGGGAUGAAGACCAGCACAGACUGUAUCAGCAGAUCAAGGCUGGAGCUUAUGAUUUUCCAUCACCAGAAUGGGACACAGUGACUCCUGAAGCCAAAGACCUUAUCAACAAAAUGCUUACUAUCAACCCUGCCAAACGCAUCACAGCCUCUGAGGCUCUGAAACACCCAUGGAUCUGUCAACGUUCUACUGUGGCUUCCAUGAUGCACAGGCAGGAGACCGUAGACUGCUUGAAGAAAUUUAAUGCUAGAAGGAAAUUGAAGGGUGCCAUCUUGACAACUAUGCUGGCUACGAGAAAUUUUUCAGCAGCCAAGAGUCUGUUGAAGAAACCUGAUGGAGUAAAGGAGUCAACCGAGAGCUCCAACACCACAAUUGAGGAUGAAGACGUGAAAGCACGAAAGCAGGAGAUCAUCAAAGUCACCGAGCAACUGAUUGAAGCUAUCAACAAUGGGGACUUCGAAGCUUACACGAAAAUCUGUGAUCCAGGCCUCACUGCCUUUGAACCUGAAGCUUUGGGCAACUUAGUGGAAGGGAUGGACUUUCACAGAUUCUACUUUGAAAACGCUUUGUCCAAAAGCAAUAAACCAAUCCACACUAUCAUCCUGAACCCUCACGUGCAUCUGGUGGGCGAUGACGCAGCCUGCAUCGCAUACAUCCGGCUCACACAGUACAUGGACGGCAGUGGAAUGCCAAAGACGAUGCAGUCGGAAGAAACGCGCGUGUGGCACCGCCGUGAUGGGAAGUGGCAGAAUGUUCACUUUCAUCGUUCGGGGUCACCCACAGUACCCAUCAAGCCACCCUGUAUUCCAAAUGGGAAAGAAAACUUCUCAGGAAGCUCCUCUUUGUGGCAAAACAUCUGAAAACCAUUCACAUUUGGGUCUUCUAACUGUCAACAGUGCCACUUCUGCGUUCUGUUCUCAAGGCACCUGGCGGGAAACCCUGGGACGUCCUCUCCUCCUCUUCAUGCAUGUUUCUGAUGCAUGAAGUUGUGAAGGUUCUCCGUGUAAUGCAUAUGUGACACAUCAUCGUAUCAUAUAUUCCUUCCUAGACGUUGUUUACACUCCAGCUACAGGAUGGGAUGUUCCACGCAAACUUAAAUUACCGUUGGCAGACUAUAGAGGGAGGUCAGACAAGAAAAUUCCACAAUAUUCCAAGUUCAACUGAUCCAUCAGGUUUCUCUGUGUAUGCCAAGAUUCAGAAGAUUUCGUUAAAAUCAUUGUUCUCGGAAUGACAGUUUGUGAGAGAAAAGUAAAUCUUUUUAGAAUGCUGCCAUUAAUCUUUUGGGGCUUUUUGUUGGGAUUUUGGGUUUGAUUUUUUGUUUGUUUGUUUGUUUGUUUGUUUUUAAGGCUAGUAUGUAUGUACUUUCAGUUCCUGGUGUGAUCCUGGUAGAAAUGAAUGCUUUUCUCUGAAAGUGUUGGUGUUGUGUAAAUGGAGUGUUUAGGUGGGCAGAAUCUUGUGUGAUUGCAGGGGCAAGAAUCAGUUGGUGUUCUACCAUCAAAGCCAUGUUGAUUUGAGUCAAACUGCAUACUGGGAAAAAUUAACGUUAUUUACAAGUUUGAUUGCUUUCAGAUAAGCACAAUUCUGGUGAACACUUGACACUGAUUUUGCUUUUUUUCUUUCUCAGAUUCUGUUGUUUUCGUUUUGUAAUAUUUGUUUGCUUUUAAUUUUUCCCAUUCUCUCUCUCUCUCUCUCUCUCUCUCUCUCUCUCUCUCUCUCUCUCUCUCUCUCUCUCUCUCUCUCUCUCUCUCUCCCUCUCUAUCUAUCUGUUGGUCUGUCUGUCUUUCUGUAGCUGGUAGUGUGUAAAAAUAACAGUAAAAUUUGCAUAUGAAGGUAAAAAUAGAUCAAGGUCUUUUGGAGGAAGCUAAAACUAGCACGUCCUGUCUUUUCAGGGCCCGCGGAGUUGUUAUAAGAUUUUAAAUAAAGGUUUUUAAUUUAGCUUAGGCCACCACUUGUGCAUAGGUAUCCUAGCUAGGUUAAAAAGCCUUGGAAGUGUUGAGACUUGCGCUAACAGCAGUAAGAACCUGCAACAAUGUCCUGGUUCUCUACUGACUAGGGACAUCGUCUGAAGACCAAGUAGAGGGUGACCAGGGUGGCAUGCAGAGCACUUGCUUGAACCUGGUGGCAUGUGAGGGCCUUGACUGCCUCGCUGUCUCUAGCUAGUACCGUGAGGGAUAUUCUUCAUCCUCACCAUGUUUGAACUUGAUCUUCAUGACGUGUGCAGUCCUAGCUUCUCUCUUGAGUCACAGUGUCAACUUCCUGCCAGGAGCUAGGGUUUUUCCAGAUUAAAGCAAAGAGGAAAAGGAAAUGCCCCAGUUUUCUUUGCGGUUCUCAUUUGUUCUUUGUUGAUUCAGUCCCGGUGAGGCUGUUUCUCCACACUGAAAUGCUUUGUGGUGCAUGGACUCUCUCAUCAGCAUUACUUCAGCCGUAGCUACUCACAGUCCUCAGAAGCCUAUUUUUAAAGCGGAAGCAAAAAGCAAAAAGAAAACACCCCCUCCCCCUCUUUUUUCUCAUUUCACCUUUUGGUGUUGAUUGCUAAUCACUUUAGAUAUUGUUGCUAGUGAAUGUAUGGUAGAUGGGUUGAAGCUUUUCUGAUAAUUACAUGAUUUAAAACAAUAUAUAUUUAAAAUGAAUAUAUACAGUAAAUGUAUUGAGCCGUGUUAACCUGCCAAUGAGACCUGUGAAAAACGUAAUGGCCUCACUUUUCCCUUUUUUAAUUUCUUUUAUCUUUCUGUGAAGCAGCUAUACGUGGCAUACAUGUAUUUAAAGACACAAAUAGUGGUAGAAUUUUUUUUUCUCUUUUUGUACACUUUGAACUUAGCAUGUGGUGUUGAAGUAUUACAUAGAUCCAGUCUGUCUUCUGCACUAAGAUGCGAGGAAAUUGUGACUUGCUCUCUCCAGCACAGUGGAAUCACACGUUCAUCACCUUCCAUUGUUUGGAAAAUACUGCAGUUUACCAUGGGACACUGUAUAUAUUUCUUGCCAUAAUGGUAAAUGACUGAUUGAUAUAUUUAAGAGUUAAUAAAUUUGUGAUUUCUGCUGACA